AUGGAGAGCGUGCUGCCAAAGGCUCGAUCAAUUGGGUCUGCUAGUUAUGGAAGGACUAUUUUGAGAGCUGUGAACCGCGUAUCCUGCUCUUCAUCAUCACGAAGCUUCACGAGCAAACGCUCCCCACCACUUUAUGAAGGCCAUGUACCAUUGACAAGAGUUGAGCGGGCUGGGUUGGCGGUUGGAGCCAGCGUCAUGUCCUUCUUCAAUCCUUAUCGUCACGACCUGAUUGCCGCUACUGGCGAAGCUACAGCCACACCCUACUUCAUCUAUCGCCUGCGCGACGCCAUGCUCGCUGAUCCAACGGGCCGUCGCAUUCUUCGAGCCCGACCCCGGAUAUCCUCCAAAACCCUUUCUCUUGAUGCACUACGUUCGAUGCCAGAGAACAGCGUUGGCCGCGCCUACGUUGGAUGGCUCGACCGUGAAGGCGUCUCACCUGAUACGCGAGCUUCAGUCCGCUACAUCGACGAUGAAGAGUGUGCAUAUGUUAUGCAGCGCUAUCGCGAAUGUCACGACUUUUACCAUGCCUUGACAGGUUUACCUAUCGUGCGGGAGGGCGAAGUUGCUCUAAAAGCGUUCGAGUUUGCAAAUACCUUGCUCCCCAUGACAGGUUUGAGUAUCUUCGCAGCAGCUACCAUGAAGCGGAGCGAAAGACAGCGGUUCGCUUCGAUAUAUCUACCAUGGGCUCUCAAGAAUGGAGCACGAAGCAAAGAGAUCAUCAAUGUGUUCUGGGAAGAGAGACUCGAAGACGAUGUGAAUGAUGUGAGGAAAGAGCUUGGUAUCGAGCAACCGCCUGACAUGAGAGAUAUUCGAAAGAGGGAGAGGGGGGAGAAGAAGAGGCUAAAGGAGCUCAGAGAGCAAGGCCUAUAA